GCCGCCAUGAACGCGCGGCGCGCCUCCUGGGCGGACAUUGAUACCCAGCUAUCAAUCUGAAGUCUCAUGGUUUGAUGUUGUGAAAGUUCCUGCCGGCGGACCGGAGCUUCACCAUGUCCGCCGCGACGCCACGUCCGAACGAACCCUCGGUUUACCGUCGACGAGACUUAGACGAGCGGCCGACAGAGGAGCAGAGAAGAUGGCACACUCCUCAACCUGUCCACGGUGCGAGGCAGCGCGGACCCCAGCAGCAGACCCAGCAGGUUGACGGUGGCAGGCACAGACCUGGACUCUCCCUUGACUCCGGCAUCAGAUGGCCUCUCCUGGACGACCCUACCACCCGACAGCCUCAGCUGGAUGACUGUGAGCGGAUGGGGACUUUGUUUGGGAUGCUCAACAAGUACCUGCGAGGUCUGGGCUUCAGCCAGAUGUACUUUGGGGAGAAGAUCGUGGAGCCCGUAGUGAUCGUCUUCUUCUGGCUGCUGCUCUGGUUCCUGGGAAUCCAGGCCCUGGGUCUGGUGGGAACUCUGUGCAUCAUCAUCAUCUACAUCCAGAAGGAAUGAGGAUCCAAACCAAGGCUGCUGUUUUCACAGUUACUGCUUCCACAUGCUGCUGGGACUCAGUCCUGUCAUGGAUCUGUGCUUUAAGGGGAUGUCUGGAGGGGUGCUGCAGCACUCAGAAGGAACGCUCACUUGGAAGGUUUCUGGGGACAUUUUGAAGCUUGUCGAGGAAGAGUUCAUCAGCAGUUGGCUUCAUUUUUUCAGGAUUUCAUGAUCUGGAUCUCUCCCUUCCUCAGGAAGGAGUGAUUCAGUCCUGCUGCCUGCGCUCACGUGGAGCUCGUGAUUUUUCGGGAUCAAGAACUCCUGAUGAAAUCACAGGAUUCUGCCUAAAUGUUUUAAAGGAAUGUUUGAAGCACCUUCAGUGAUUUAGGAAGUCAAAAGUUUAGGUAUUUCCAAUGCCUCGUGGUUUAAAGAAAACAUUUUCCAUUAUUUUUUAUUUAAUGAGCGACAGUAAGAAAAGUGCCGAAGCUUUAAGAAAAAAAAACUACAACUGAGUCCUGAGACAGAUGCUGAAAUGAAUGAAUUCAUCAAAAACUGAAAGUAAUCUCCUAAACACCGUCAAAACUGCAGAAAGUAGUUGCCAUGGUUUUAUAAAAGGAAUCUGCUUGAAGUUUUUGAUACUUUUCCAAAAAAAUGACCAAGUUUUUGGUGCCUACUUUUAUUUGUGCUGGUAUUGAUAAUCUCAUUGAUAUCAUUUAAUAGUCAUAUAUCCAAGUUUACAAAUCUCAUAUCUAGACAACCAUAUCUAUUUCUACAAAGUGCAAUGCUGCUUUAAAUCAAAGGAAUGUCCUCAGUUUUGACUAUUUUAUUUGAUUUGUUUAAAUUUUUUCAUCUUCCACACAAAAAGGCGCUCUAACGGUAAAAUGUGCUUCAGUUGUAAAACAGAAUUCGGGGGAAAUCAGAGCAGAGGGGUUGUACACACUCUUGCUGCCAUGGUGGGGUGUUUAGAUCAGCUGAUUUGGAGCAGCAGCAGCAGGGAUUGUGGGAAAUGGUUUGUUUCUGUUUGAAUCAGUCUGCAGAGGUUAAACUGAGCUCUCACACACUGACGUGCAGAAUGUGGACGUGCUGUGUGAGAGCAAAGGUCGGACAACAAAAAUCAAUCAGAAGAGUCUGAAUGUUCAGCUGACAUGUAGCACACGCUAUGUUCAUGUGAAAUCUCUCUGUAGGAGGAGCUACAAGCGACGAUCCCAAAAGGCCAGUUGAAUAUUUUUUGCAUAUCAUUUUCAAUGGAAUCUAGCCAGCAAUGGUGGGUUAAUGAUGAGUCUGAUAUCUGUGCACUGAACCUUCAUAUACACUGGCAUGAGAUAAAAAUACAUCAUCCUGAUGUAGAUGUUUUCUAAAUAUGACCUUCAGUUUUUAAGUUCUGCACAUGAUUGUCUUUGCCUGUCAAACGUGAGUAUAAUAAACACAAAACACCUCUUUGAUUCAUCA